AUGCUGACAACGAGCAGGGAGGCUUUCAACGACAUCUACCUAAAUCUUUCCCGAAAGUCAGGCGCGACUCGAUUCUCCGAGUCUGGCUUUGGUUGGAAGCCUGCAAAUGGCGAAACAUACACAUGCGAUCAGUCACAGAUUCUCCAGGCGCAGUGGAGCCGUGCAGCGCGCGGCUAUGAGAUCAAGAUUCUUUCGCGCAGCGAUGGCGUAAUCCAGCUCGACGGUUUCAAGCAAGAGGAUUUCGAUCGUGCGGCGAAGCUCUUCAAGGUCUGGUACGGCAUCAAUCUUGACAACCGAGAACACGCUCUCCGUGGCUGGAACUGGGGCAAAGCUGAGUUCGGAAAGGCUGAGCUCACAUUCAAUGUCGCAAACCGCCCUGCAUUCGAGGUACCCUACACCGAAGUAUCGAACACCAACUUGGCUGGCAAGAACGAGGUUGCAGUCGACUUCUCACUGCCCGCUGAUGGAGAUUCUGGCGCAAAUGGCAGUCUUGGGGGCGCUCGGUUUCGCGGAAAGAAGUCGGCUGGAGCACGCGAUCAGCUGGUUGAGAUGCGCUUCUACAUUCCCGGUGUCACUUCGAAGAAGGAGAAGAACGAGGACGGUGAAGACAUCUCUGGCGCAGAAGAUGGCGAGGAGACGAACGCUGCCAACUUGUUCUAUGAGACGCUUAUGGACAAGGCCGAGAUUGGCGAGGUCGCCGGUGACACAUUCGCCACGUUCCUGGAUAUCCUUCACUUAACACCUCGAGGUCGUUUCGAUAUUGAUAUGUACGAAACCUCGUUCAGAUUGCGCGGAAAGACAUACGACUACAAGAUUCAAUUCGACUCGGUCAAGAAGUUCAUGGUACUACCAAAGCCCGACGACAUGCACACGUUGAUCACAAUAGGAUUGGAUCCACCUCUGAGGCAAGGUCAGACACGCUAUCCAUUCUUGGUCAUGCAGUUCAAGCGUGAUGAGGAGGUUAACCUCGACCUGAACAUGAAGGAGGAUCUGCUGGAAGCAAAAUACAAAGACAAGCUGCAGUCACACUACGAGGCACCCAUUGCAGUAGUGGUGUCUGACAUUUUCCGAGGACUCAGUGGGAAACGUGUCACAAGGCCGUCGCGUGACUUCAUCAGUCAUCACGAGCAGUCUGGUGUCAAAUGCUCAAUCAAGGCCAACGAGGGUCACUUAUACUGCCUGGACAAGGCCUUCAUGUUCAUUCCCAAGCCGGCAACCUACAUUGCCAUGGAUAACAUUGCGUCCGUCACAAUGUCCCGUGUUGGUGGUGCCAUGGCAGCGAGUCGAACAUUUGACAUCACCUUCACGAUGAAGGGAGGAAUGGCAGAGCACCAGUUCUCCAACAUCAACCGUGAGGAGCAACAGCCGCUUGAGAACUUUUUCCGUGCUAAAGGUAUCAAGACUGUGAAUGAGAUGGACGACGACUCAGGAGCAAUUCUUGCAGCCGCUCUCCAAGACGACGACCUUGCCUCUAGUGAUGAUGGAGGUGUUGCAAAUCGCGGUAGUGCCGACGAGGAUGACGAGAGCGUUGAUGAAGAUUUCCAGACCGAGUCUGAAUCUGAAGUUGGAGAAGAAUUCGAUUCCGAUCACGACAGUGGUUCCGGUGAUAGCGAUGCAGAAAUGGAGGACGCCAGCGACGCAGGGAAUGAUGCGCAACGACCGAAAAAGAAACAGAAGACCUCGAACUGA